GUCAUUACGCCAAAUUCUGUCAGUGAUAUUUGGGCAUCAACAUCUUGUGAGUUUUCCUUUGGGGAUAUUGAUGAACAAUUUGUUAACAAAAAUCUCCAUGAGUUGAAAACCAAUAAAGCUAUUGGUCUUGAUCGUGUUAGUGCUCGUUUGUUGAAAGAUUCUGCCAAUGUUCUAACUCCUGUACUGACCAAAUUAUUUAAUCGCUCACUGUCUUCUUCUAUAUACCCUGACAUUUGGAAAUGCGGGAAGGUUACUGCUCUGUUUAAGUCUGGGGAAAGAACUGAUCCAAAUAACUACCGGCCAAUAACAGUUCUCCCGAUUGUUAGUAAAAUUCUAGAGAAAGCGGCCCAUUCACAAAUGUAUAGCUAUCUACAGGAUAAUAAACUUUUGUCGCCAUAUCAGUUUGGUUUUAGGCCCAAAAGGUCGACUGAGAUUGCCCUCGUCGACUUCACUGACUCAAUUCUGGAAAACAUGGACAGAGGACUUUUCACAGGGGUAGUUUCAAUAGAUUUAACGAAAGCUUUUGACACCGUCGAUCACGGAAUUCUGUAUGAUAAACUGAAACGCGCCGGCUUUGCUGACACAUCCGUAAACUGGCUUGAAUCAUAUCUUACAAACAGAACUCAAGUAACUGCAGUUGGAAAUAUUUACUCGUCUGCUAAAUCU